UGUAGCAUACUGUUGAUAGUGUCUUGAUACAGAUUCACGCUUGGCUAAACCUUUGACCGUAAAAGUGAGUGUGUGUUUGUACAUAAAAUAGGUACGUAAAUAAACUCCAUGUGUAGUCCACGUGUGAAAGAAUGGAGUGGAUCCCAUGACAGUGACUGGAUUAACAAGUCACCUAUGACUUCCAAUGUACUCUACAGGUGGAUAUCUUGUUGCAUUUUGGUUAGGGGGGAUAGGGGGCGUAGACGAUAAGAAAUCCGUAUCCCCCUACAUGACCUGUCCUCGUCAGAACGCGUCAGGAUUUGUAACUCCCAACAGACACUUCAUUUAAAAGCAGCAGACGACAGUUGACCGUCAAACUAAAAAGGUGCUCACUAAUUGACUCUUUACAAUAACUAUGGAUAAACAUCUUCUAUGCAUGGUCUUCAUCUUCGGAAUCGUCGGCAUAUCUCUAGCAGACAGUGCCAGUAGCUACUGUGUUGGGAACUCUACACUGCAAUAUGCAGACAAGUUGGCUCAGAUUUAUGGUACUAAUGGGAAGAUUGAUGAAGCAGGCCUUCUUAGGAUGAUCAGGGAAUUCCAGAGUUCCGAUUCCGUCAAUUCACUUCUGUCGUCCUGUCCUGAAAAUGACACCGACUGCACGAAGUGGAAAAAGAAAUGCCCAGAACUCGUACAGCAUAUAUUGCAAGGAAAAGGCUCCGACAGCACGAUCAGUAGCAAGAAUCUCAUCUCCGUGCUCCCAGGCCUGAUCCACACUCUGACCGGUGACCUCUGCACGACUCAGCGAAACGCGACCAAGGGUCUCCGCCUCAAACAGAAGCCAACAACAGCAGAAACGUGGGGCUAUGGGUUUGGAUUUGUGGCUUUUAUCUGCUUCAUUUCCAACAUUGGUGCGGUGUUGGGACCUUUAAUGAACCGGCCGUUUUUCAAGCGGAUUCUGUCAUUGUUUGUGUCCAUUGCCAUUGGAACUCUGACGUCAACCGGCGUCAUGGUGCUCAUUCCAGAGGCGUUUGACAUCAUGAAGUGUCCAGAACAGGCCCACGACUAUCUAUGGAAGGCUGGCACUGCCGUGGUCAGCAUCUACGUAUUCUACCUGUCUGAGAGAUUCAUAAAGAUCGCCUUCUAUCGCGGUGAUCAAAAGAAGUUACGAAAGAACAAAUCGAUGACGAUCGAGGUUAAAGCUCCGCUAAAUGAGAACGACGGCGCGGCGAGCCACGGCCACUCCCACUUCGACCCGAUCCGCGUCGACGAGCACGGCAACACCAUCAUCCUCACCGUCGGUUGGAUGGUGCUCGUCGGCGACGCCUUGCACAACUUCGUGGAUGGCCUCUCGAUCGGGGCGGCGUUCACUCAGAAUAUAUACACCGGAAUCAGUGUCUCCAUCGCCAUCGUAUGCGAGGAGCUGCCUCACGAAUUAGGUGAUAUCGCCAUUCUGCUCCACGCUGGGUUUUCCAUGAAGCGAGCUCUACUAUACAACUUUCUAGCCGCCCUCACGUGUUGUGUUGGACUCGUUCUAGGAAUCAUUUUAGGAGAAACAACAAGCGCAAGUCGAUGGAUCUUUGGAAUCGCUGGUGGUCUCUUUUUAUAUGUCCCGCUGGUCGACAUGUUGCCGGAGAUGAGCUCCACGCUGGACGAGGAGAUGCACAAGAAAGACGGCAAAGUGCUGACGUUCCUGUUCGUCCAGAUGGUCGGACUACUCAUCGGCACGAUCAUCAUCCUCCUCGUGGCUCACUUCGCCAGCAGCAUCAGUCUAGGUUAACGCCUUGUCUGUAUUAUUGUGUAUGAUGACCUUAUAUAUUAAAAAAAAAGAAAAAAAGAAAGAAAAAAAAGAAAGAAAGACCACCAGCAGCAGCAGCAGCAGCCGAAUAACAGUAUCCUCAUCCUAAGGGCGAAUUGCUGCUUGUUGGUCAAACGUAGAUCAAAUAUAUCGUUGUUUAUACUUACAUCUUUUAUCAACGAUAGAAAUUACCUAGAGAUGAUGAACAUUUUCUCGGCGUGAUGUCCCUGCCUACGAACAUCAGACGCACUAUGUAGGAUUACCAGCAAUCCAUUAUUCCCAGUGCUGCUAGCUUUGAAAACAAGCCAUAUAAUAUUAUAGCAUAAUAUUGUUAUAUUAUAUAUUAUAUAAUAUCUUACUUUAUUAAACAGAACUUCUUUACAAGAUAAAAACAGAAUAUGUGCCUUUAAAUUCUGGAUAAUUCGUGUAGUGUGCAGGGACUGACGAUUUGCUAGUGUUCUAUAGUCUUACCUUGCUAUGUCAACACAUAAAACCAAUCUACCAGAGGGUAGGGUUGGAAGGUAGUUAUGGUGUAGAUAGUGAUAUAGCGCUCGGCUCAUACUGCAGGUGUGACAGAUUGUAUUUUCGAUCACUUUCGAUGUAUUCGUUUCCCCUCAUCCUAAUCUUAGUGCCAUUUAAUUCGAGAUGUACUGUCCUGUCUAUGGAAAAGUGCAUAUAAAAGAUGACUUGCUUCUAUUCGGUUGGAGAAAACUAUGCGACGGCAACGCCUCCGCCCCCGUCUUUUCUGUCUCGGUCUGUUUUCUGCCUCUCCAUCUCCCCCUCGGUUUGUCUCGGUCAUUUUUUGCAUGCAUCACUCUCCCCUCCUCUCCCCCUUUCUCUCUCUCUCUCUCUCUCUCUCUCUCUCUCUCUCUCUCUCUCUCUCUCUCUCUCUCUCUCUCUCUCUCUCUCUCUCUCUCUCUUAUGAUUCCACGCGCAUUUAUGUAAAUACGGUUUACAUUGACCUCACUUGCCUUGACUGAACAUCGAGACAACUUCUCCAGGAAUAAAAUGGCAUCCAUACAAUCAUGCAUUCAGUCAUCAAAUUACGAAUCCCAAGUAUCAAACAUACAAUCGAAGAUGCUACUACAUUAGAAUUUUGAAAAUAAAAUGUUCCUAAAAUACUACUGAACACUAUAACUUGUUGUUUAUUUUUGUAAAAGAUACAUACAAAAUAAAAAUGUUUAUAAAGAAAUCAGUCUAUUUGUAUUCAGUAUUAUAGCAGACGAUAGGCAUGAUGAUGUCCAAUAAAUAGUCUGAUGUAAAUUCAGAUAACAAUAUUGA